UUCCCACUCACUCACGAAGACCCUAUAUAUAUGGUCCCUCGCUCGAGUGAGUUGGAAGAGAAUCAAGAUCUAUCGACAAAAGGCCAGCUCUGACCUCGAGAAUGCAACCAGGGCAGCUUCUGAGACCCCUGAAGUACCUCGUUGCCACCUAUCUCACAUACGCUGUCGUUCGACACACGGCGCCUCGCACAUUUUCCACGUUUUCUACCUCAACCUCAUCCGCCAUGCCGCGUGGAUCCGUUGUCUGCAUCUCCCACGGCGGAGGUAAGUUUAAGACUCUUUCCCCGCUCUCUUCUCUCCCUGUUCUCUUAUCCACUCAAAAACUGUACUUUCACCCGCUGACACCUCCAGGCCCUCUCCCCGUCCUCGGUGACCCCAGCCACAAAUCUAUCGUCUCCUCCCUCACCACCCGCGUACCCAAACUUCUGCGUCUCGGCACCGACGAGGCUCCCCGCGCCAUCGUCGUCGUCACGGCCCACUGGUCCCAACGCAACCCAACCAUCUCUUCCGCCUCCCAGCAUCGUCUUUACUACGACUACGGCGGCUUCCCCCCGGAGUCGUACCGUCUGAAAUACGACGCCCCCGGCUCGCCCGACGUAGCCCAGGAAGUCAAGUCCGCGCUAGAAAAGGAAGGACUCACUCCCGUCCUCGACGACGAACGCGGCUGGGACCACGGCGUCUUCAUCCCCUUCCUCCUCAUCAACCCCAAGGCCGACAUCCCCAUCGUGCAGCUCUCAGUGCUCGCCUCCGAGUCCCCCGAGGAACACCACAAGAUGGGCCGCGCCCUCGGUCGCCUGCGCGACUCCAACGUCGCCAUCGUCGGUUCUGGCUUCGCGUCGUUUCACAACCUGGCGGAGAUGAUGCCGCUUUUCUCGGGCGACCCGGUCCGGACUUCCCGGGUUGCGCGGAAGGUGGCUGAGUUUUCCGGCGCGUUGACGCCGGCGGUUGAGACGGAGGGUAGUGAGGAGCGGGCGGCAAGGUUGGCGCGGUGGAGGGAGUUUCCUCAUUCUUAUGAGAUGCAUCCCCGAGGCGGAGGGGAGCACUUUAUGCCGCUGCUGGUUUCUGCUGGUGCUGGUGGGGACGAGGUUGCGGGGAAGUAUAAGGAUGAGUUUUUGGGGGUGGAUAUAUGGACGUACUACUGGAGUGAUGUGAAGCUGUGAGUGCGAGAGGGGUGUUGACUAGGUAUGGAGUAUUAUGACGGAAUUGACGACUUUUU